AUGAAGGUUUCUUUCUCAUCGGUUUGCAAACAAGCUCAUCACUCCUUUCUCAAUUUCUUCCCCUCCGCCACCGGAAUCAUCAAUAGGGAACCCUUCAACCCAAUUCACCGGAAAGAGAAGGUGGUUUUCGUGAUGGGAGCUACAGGUACCGGAAAAUCCAGACUUUCCAUCGACCUUGCUAACCGUUUUCCAUCAGAGAUUGUCAACUCCGACAAAAUGCAAGUCUAUAAGGGACUCGAUAUUGUGACCAAUAAGGUCACCAAAGAGGAGCAGCAGGGGAUUCCGCACCAUCUCUUGGGAGUAGUAAACCCCGAUACCGAAUUCUCUGCGCAGGACUUCCGUCACCACGCGUCGGUCGCCGUGGAAUCCAUUGUUGACCGGAAUCUUCUCCCAAUCAUUGUUGGGGGAUCCAAUUCCUUCAUAGAAGCACUGGUGGAUGAUGAGGAUCUCCGGUUCAGGUCCAAGUACGAUUGUUGUUUCCUCUGGGUGGACGUUUCGUUGCCUGUGCUUCACUCCUUCGUGUCUGAUCGGGUCGACCGGAUGGUUGAAACCGGUUUGGUUGAUGAGGUGAGGAUGAUGUUUAAACCGGACGUGGAUUACAGUCGUGGGAUUUGGCAGGCUAUUGGGAUCCCGGAGAUGGACCGGUUUUUACGAGCCGAGCUGGCCGGGGUUGGUGACGAUCAGACCCGGGCGAGGCUCCUCGUGGCGGCCAUAGACAAGAUAAAGGCCAAUACUAGUAGGCUGGCAUGGCACCAGCUGUCAAAGAUCCAUCGGCUGAGGGAUUUGUUAGGAUGGUGCAUACACCGGCUCGAUGCAACAGAGAUGUUCCUAAGGAAAGGUGAAGAUGCCAACGUGGCAUGGGAGAAGCAGGUGGUGGGGCCAGCCUCUGCCAUCGUGUGGAGUUUCUUGCAGCAACGCCAUGAAGAUGCCAAUCGUGCCAUUGCUAUGAAUACCAUUCCGGUGCCCAUCUCUUCUACGGGCUUCGCAACCGCUGUUGCUGCGGCCACACGCUAG